UGGCUGCCGGGUGAUAUAUUUUUGCGAAGAUUUUCGCUAUUAUUUUCACGAUUCUUCAAUUAAAUUGCGACUUUGAACUCUCGUUGUGCGAAAAUUAUCAAUGCAGCAAUGGUUAAAUGGUAUUUCUCGAAAGACAGGCUGUUGAAUCGCACCCCAUCCCGUGCCAAUGGCGUUGAUUUUCCGACCGAAUGUCGAUACAGGCGGGAGGGAUGCCGAUUCAUCAUGGACAUGGGAAACAAAUUAGGAUUGCGGUAUGAUACUAUGGCAACUGGUGUCAUCUACUUUCACAGAUUUUACAUGAAACAGUCAUUUAAUACUUUUCCAAGAUGGGUAACUGCUUGUGCCUGCUUGUUUCUUGCUGGGAAGGUGGAAGAGACACCAAAGAAAUGUAGAGAUAUUAUAACCGUUGCCAAGAAGAUGUUAACUGAACAUCAUUUUCGAUUAUUUGGGGAAAAUCCUAGGGAGGAAGUCAUGAUAUAUGAAAGAGUUUUACUUCAGACAAUUAAGUUUGAUCUUCAAGUUGAGCACCCGUAUGGCAUCCUUUUAAAAAUUGGGAAAUUGUUAAAAGGAGAUAAAGGGAAAGUUCAAAAAUUAGUUCAAAUGGCUUGGACAUUUGUAAAUGACAGCUUGUCAACCAGUCUCAGUUUGAGAAAGCGACCUGAGGUUUUAGCAAUUGCACAUCUGAGCUUGGCUGGAAGGCUUGCCAAUUUUGAUUUGAAAUCAUCAACUGAUUCACCUUCGAGUAAACCAUGGUGGUAUAGUUUUAACAAAGAAUGUCAGGAACUUGUUGUUGAAGAAAUUUGCAACGAAAUGCUGGAGUUGUAUGGGGCAGCCAAGAAAGAAAAACCACCAAAGAAAAGUCUCAGCGAAAAACUUGAACCAAGUCCAAACAACUCAAGUCAUUCAAGUCCAUCUGUCACAAACAGUCCACCAUUUAAAAGAAAGAAACUUGAGAAUAAGGAUAAGGAAGGGAAGUCCACAUCGGUUGCUUCGUCUACAAAAUCAGGGUCGAAAAUUGUCGCAGCUCCCCCACCUCCUCCAUUUACAACCGUUUCGGUUCAUCCAAGCCAAGCAAUUUCUUCAAACACGAUUCUAACAAGCGCCGUGGAAAACAUAAGUCCAGUGAUAACAUCUGACAGCCUUUCUAAAACAACAUCAUACUCUCUGCAAUCGAGUAUGCCUCAAAGUAAUAUUCCUCCAGUCCCCAGUCCACUUGUACAACCAACAGUGCCGUAUGUCAAUCCAGUUCUUUCGCAUGGUGCAUUCCUUGGCGGUACCUUCAGUCCCAUUCCAUUUAGUAUCCCACCUCCAACAGACUCUACCAUUCCUGCUUCCUCAAGCGCUGCAACGCUUUUACCGCCUCCUAAUCUUGUGCAGAAUCCUUCCGGGUUUCCACAAACCUUUGCUCGUGUACCUCCACCACUACAUCGACCUCCACUGUCGCUUCAAAGCCAUACCCAACCCACGCCACUUCAGGCACCACCAUCAUAUAUACAGUCUCAACCACCACCAUCCCACAUACAACCUCCUCCCACACAUAAUAUUCAAAGUCAACCACCUCUUUUACCCAACCACCCACCGCCCACUCACAUUCACUCUCAACCACCACCCUCCCAAAUUCCAGCCCAUCCCCCACCACCUCACAUGCAAACUCUACCCCCACCCUCUCAUAUGCAAACACAGCCCCCGUCGGACCCCCACCAUCAAUCAACCGGGCAAACGUAUGGUCAACGACCACCACCUCUCCCCCCUCACAAACUUUUCCCAUCGAUGCAUCAUCAGCAUGCAACGCAACCCCCAGCUAUGCAGAUGCUGCCCCGGGGUGGAAUGAACAAUGCAGUACUACCUCCAGCUUCAGCCAACCAACCCAACUGGCAUACACCUAACUAUAGCAGACUACCUAACACCCGACCAAUGGGCAGAGGGGGAUGGAUGAGGUGAAAUAUAUAAAGUUUAUCUUCUAAUACAGACAGGUACUUAUUGACCAUGUAAGUACCUAGAUUUAUAUUAAAUCAUAUAUUACA